GGAUUCAGGAAUGUCUCUUUGCUUCCCAGAUCUUACACAUUCUCUGUGAAUCCUUCAGCUAAGACUGGUUUUGAGUUUGCUUGGAGUUUGUGUGAGAGGAUAGAUCCGGAAUCAAAGACUGGAGAGGAGAUUUUCAGUCCAGAUGAGAGAGUGGACGGAGCCUGAGAUGAGCUUUUCAUCAGGGGGUUAUCUCUCCACCUCGGAGGGAUACUGCUCCACGGAGCCGCUCCAGUACUACGACAUGCUGGCAGACCCUCUCUGCUACCCCUUGCAGGACCCCGACCCCCAGCUGCUUCCUCACAACCAGCAGCAGUACCUCCCUGCCAACAUGCCUUUCCCCUUCUAUGGCUCCUCUACCUCUCCUUCGCCUUCGUCUUUGGCUUCACCCUCUCAACUCUGCCAUCCUCCAUACCAGUACAGCUCUCAGUGCCUGGAGGGCCCCUGCGAUCCCAGCCAGGAGUCCCUCUCCGGGGAACUGAAUCAGGGAUUUGGCCCGGCGGGGCUGCAUCUUGUACGGAGGUCUCGAAUGGGUUCGGUUGGGAAGAGUAAAGGGCAGGAUGAGCUGUGCGUGGUGUGUGGGGAUAAAGCAUCAGGGUAUCAUUACAAUGCUCUAACCUGUGAAGGGUGCAAAGGUUUCUUUAGGCGCAGUGUGACUAAAAAGGCUGUGUACCACUGUAAGAGCGGCGGCAGCUGUGAGAUGGACAUGUACAUGAGGAGGAAGUGCCAGGACUGCCGGCUGAGGAAGUGCCGCGCGGUGGGAAUGCUGGCUGAGUGCCUUCUGACAGAGGUCCAAUGCCAGUCCAAACGACUGAGGAAAGGAGGUAAAAGCAGAGCGCAAGAAGAGAAGGAGAGCACAGACAGUCGGAGAGUCAGCUCUACCUGCCGGUUACCUGGACAGACUCAGCCUGCCAUUUUGACCCGGGAGCAGAAAUACACUGUAGACAGGAUGGUUGAGGCUCAUCGCCAGUUUAGGGAGCAAGAAAGCAGCAGUUACAGGGUCUCUGAAUGGCAGUGUGCUCUGGAGGGGGCGGGGCUGCCUGAUGUUUUAUCCCCACACCUAAACAGACUGCUGCAGUUUGCAAGAACAGUACCAGGUUUUGAUCUCCUGGAUUUCUCUGACCAGAUGGCCCUCCUGUCCGUUUCCUCUCUGGAGGUCAUGUUUCUGCUCUCUGCCCAGCAGUUCUCCAAUAACCCUGCAAGCCCCACUACAGUGUUGCAGCUUUUCACCACUUCCUCGCACGGCUGGUUCAGAAAUCUGGAGCCCAGGGAAAACUUCCAGAUGAGGACGUCCGUCGGUUCAGGAAGCAGUGAGGAUCUCCUGGGCUCAGUGCUAAACUUCCUUCACAGCAUGGCGGUGCUGCGUGUGACUGAGGCUGAAUACACCCUGCUUACUGCCACAGCUCUGCUCUGCUCAGAUCGAGCAUCCCUGCAGGCGGUCAGCUGUGUGGAGAAAAUGCAGGAGCUGAUCCUGGACCUGCUCUCCAGGGUUUGCGGGGCCCAGGCUGGAGCAGCAGCCAGGGGAGGGCCGCAGCGUUUCGGCCGCCUGCUGGGCAGACUGACAGAGCUACGCACCCUCCAUCACAACUACCUCCUCCUGACAGGGCAGCAGCCAGCACACUGAUGAAGAGGAGAUUCUUCUCUUCCCCACGCAAAGGCCUCUUUGAGACCAGAAAGAGUUGAACUGGCAGCCUUUUUUUCCUCUGUGUUCAUUUAGCUUUGGUGGUUUCAGAUUGUUAGGGUGAAGCAAUCAAUCUGAUUUUUUCAUACUUAUCAACUGCUACCAUGAACACCACCCAGACUGUUUAUUUUCUUGAACAAUUUGAAAA